UCUCAUGCAAGUAUUCUUGAAUCUGAUAUAACAUUAUGUAGUGAUGUGUUCGACUUUGUCCUCACUUUUGCGGGCAUAUCAACAAUUGAUUCCAUAGUCAUCCCAGCAUUACAUCAUUUCAUCGAAAAUGUCUAUGUAUUUGACAUGCAAAUCUGGGAUAUGAUG